AUGUCCGACCAUGAAGAUGGCCCUUCGGUCAUGACCUUCAAGCCGAAGGCCGUCGGCCGCGGAGUUCGACGGCAACCUCAAAGACCCGCUGUGCUCUUGGCCAAGCCUGCCAUGCCUGUGGCCAGGCCAGCCGACCCUCCAGCCAAGUCCAGCUUGCCGGUGCCCAACAGCCCCAGCGACGAUGCCACCCCGGCUCUGACGGCCACCGUAACCACCAUUCCCCCGCUGGGUGGCGUGACCUCCAUGGGCAGGGUCACCACGCCGGCCAUCCUUCCGGCUACUGUCACCCUGGGUGCUGUGACGACCGCCACGCCAAUUGCCACGCCCAUGGCUAAGUCUGUUGCCACGCCGGUUGCCACGCCGGUUGCCACGCCGGUUGCCACGCCGGUUGCCACGCCGAUUGCUGCUCCGACUGUCCGCAUUGCCUCACCACGGCCAGCGGCCGGUGGUUUCAAGAUCGGCACCCCGAUGCGCAUUGGCACCCCGAUCCCCCCGGCCGCCUCUGCGGCUGGCUCGGUCAUCAUGGCCGCCGCCGAGGCCGGUGCCCCUCCCGCCCGCACGGCCAGCACCACCAUCCAGCCGCCGACAGCACGCGUUACCAAACGCGCGGCCUCCUCCACACCGGACACCUCACCAGACGCCUCGCCGGAUCUGCAAGCCGGAUCCGAUGAUGCUCCGCGCCCCGUGCGCAAGCGGCGGCCCACCUCCGCCACAACCGGCGCCGGGUCGCCCUCCGCCCCGCGCCGGGCAGCGGCCGGGGCCUCCACUGCCCGGCCCACCAUCGCCAUGCUUAUGCGCCGCACGCAUACCGGCAUUCCCAGCGCAUCGAGCAUGCGUGAGCAUGAGGCCCGGUCGGCUCAAAUCAACAGUCUCUCUCCCAGCCCCGAGCUCGGGACAUCGCCCUCGCCCGUGAUGUCCCCCUUGUCGGGCCUGUUUGGCGGCGGUGAUACCAGCUCCUCGGCCGAGUCUCCCCUGAGCAGUCCCCUGCUGGGGGGCAUGAGCUUCGACCACGAGGGCAAUGUCAAGCCCGAGCUGAAGGGCUCCCCCAUGGCUGCGGGGGCCUCUCUCGCCGCUCCCUCUUCACAGCCGCUUGCCCCCUCGGCCUUUGCCGGCGGCCCGGCUCUCUCGGCGCCUGGUUUGCUGUCGCAACCGAUGGUGGCGGACGACGCGGCGCCGGUCCCACAGAUCCGCAUUGUCGACGGGCAAAUUGUCAUCGAUGAGUCUUCCCUGAGCUUCACCCCGGAAACUGUCGGGGAAUUUGCCAACCCCCACGGCGACCAGCCGCGCGUGGUCCAAAUGCUUGAUGACCACGACAUGAUGGGCGGCGACUUGGACGGCGGAUCCCGCGUGACGGCGGCCUCCUUCACCAAGUAUGCCCCCACCGACCGCUGGAGCCCCCAGGAGACGGCCCUCUUCUUUGAGGGUCUCCGCUUCUUCGGCACCGACUUUGUCCUGAUUUCUUGCCUCUUCACCGACCGCAAUCGGAGGCAAAUCCGCAACAAGUACAAGCGCGAGGAGAAGCAAUCGCCACACUUGGUGAAUGCGGUCAUCUCCGGAUCCGAUCUGCCGGAGAUCCCCCUGUUGGAGUAUCCUCCGCUGCCAGGGACGGUGGCCAUUGCGUCGGCGACGCCAGUCUCCACUCAGGAAGGCACGGACGCUUCGCCCGCAGCGGCUAUCCCCCAGUUGUCGGCUGCUGAGCGCAUGGGCCGGCUGACGCGCAUCGCUCGCGGGGAACUCCCCCGCAUGGGCACCGACGGCACAUGGGUCAUGUCAAAUAUGUCCAUCUCCUCGAUAUCCAACCACCAAGCGGGGGGCUCCUCUCGCGCGGGGAGUCCCUCGCCUGAUGAGUCGAGCGAGUCGAUGCCCCGGCCGGGUGCGCCAAUGGUGUCCGUGUCCACGGCUCCGGCGCCGACACCGCCGGCGACUCCGCCCACCCCGCCAGAGUUGGCCAUCGCCGGCACCAUUUUGCCCGUCUAG